CCGAUUGGAUAAUAUUGUUCUUAUCUCAUUUUUUUACAUGCUGUCUACUUUAUCUUCUUUUUAUAUUUAUUACAUAAUUAAUAGAUAAAGACGCGUGUGUACAUUUCCAAAAUGUAAAUAGAAAAUAAUCGAAUAAAAAUGCGAACAAGAUCACGUCAUCUUAUCAAUCAAUAAUAAAUCUUAUAAAGGCUUAUAAAAUAUAAUAUCAAAUGAAAUGAGAGCUAAGAAAAAUGAUUGAAAACUUUGCAAAAUUUUUAAUUAAUCUGAUAGAGACUGAUACGCAGAAUACGUGACCAAAGACGCAAAUCAUUUACUGUUAGCUUGCAUCAUCAAGAUCACUGGAAUUCAGAUAUAAUCAUGCGGUGUAAAAUAAUACGAUAUUACAGUUUAUUUUCCAAAGAAAGCAAAAAACAUUUAUCAAAUAGAACUUCUUUCUGUUCUUACAAUCUCAUUCAUUGCACAAUUAAUUAAACAGCACAUCAAUCACAUUUUAUUAAGGAUGAUCAUCCUCAUAACAUGGUUCUUUUUUUUACAUCGAAUCUUGGCAGAACAAUCUAUCGUAGAAGAAUGGUCUGUAAAUGUAAAAAACAGUUCUAUCAGUGUAACAAUGGAAGAAACAAAAACAAUUCCAUUUUAUGUUAUUGUCAAUUCAAAAAAUUUGGAUAAUUUAAGUUUUAAUUAUGUAAGCACAUCGCCAGAAAUUGCAACAGUAACUGGUGUUAUUACUUCCAAAAAUAACAAUUAUUGGAAUGGAACAAUUAAUGUAACUGGUAUCUUUUUGGGUACUGCAAAAAUUAAAUUACAGCUUGUGAGAAAUAAUAACACAGAAGAAAAAGAGGUUCUUUCUGUAACAGUAAUGCGUUACCAGGGUGCAAUAGAUAAAAUAUUUACUGCAAGUGUUGGAAUAUUAGUAUCUAUCCUUUAUAUUAAUUUUGGUUGUGCCAUGGAUUGGGAUGCAUGUAAAAAAACAUUAAGAAAACCAGUUGGUCCUGCAAUAGGAUGCUUUUGUCAAUUCUUCUUCAUGCCUUUGUUGAGUUAUGGUAUCGGAUAUUGUUUAUUUUCUGAUCAACCUGAACUACAGAUAGGCAUGUUUUUCACAGGAAUAAGUCCAAGUGGAGGAGCAUCUAAUGUUUGGACUGUAAUGUUAGAUGGAAAUUUAAAUCUUUCUGUCACUAUGACUACUUUAUGCACUAUACUUGCUUUUGGAUUUAUGCCAUUUUGGUUAUUUACUCUGGGAAAACAUAUCUUUGAUCGUGGAGAACUUCGUGUACCUUAUGAUCAUGUAGCAAUGUUUGCAGUUGGUCUAAUAUUUCCUUUAUUGAUAGGAUUUUGUAUACAAAAGAAAUUACCAAAAGUGUGCAAAUUUAUGAUCAAAAUAAUCAAACCACUUUCAGCUAUUUUUAUAAUAUUCAUCGUUAUAUUCGCCAUCUUUACUCAUCUAUAUUUAUUUCAAUUAUUUUCAUGGCGGAUCAUAGUAGCAGGUAUGGGUUUACCAUGGUUGGGAUUUAUUUUUGGUAUGUUAGUAGCAUUAAUAUUCAAACAAUCUCGACAAGAUAUUAUAGCAAUAGCAAUCGAAACAGGAAUACAAAAUACAGGCGUUGCUAUUUUUCUACUUAGAUUAUCAUUAAAAUCACCUGCCGAUGAUUUGACUACGGUACUACCUGUGUCUUCCGCUAUAAUGACCCCAAUACCAUUAACGAUUUUAUAUCUACUGAAAGUAAUAUUUAAUUGUAGACGUAAACACCAAAAAGUUAAUAACACUUCUGAAUCAUUUGAAAAUUCUGAAAUUCAUGCUGAACCACCUACUUCUGUAGUUCAAAGUAAUUAGCAUUGAAAUUAAUAAAUUAUACUAAUAGGUAUAUUUUUUCAUUUACAGAAAUGGUGCAAUAAUACUUGCUAUAAAAAGAUUAACAAAUAUUAUUAUAUAGAUCUAUAAAAUUCAUCAUCUAUUUUGUACUAUAUUGUUAUAAAAUUA